GUGUCUACUCAUAAAUGAUUCAACUAGCAAAAUGGAUGGCGUGGAAAGGGUAGGGAAUGAUGAGCUUGUAAUUGUGUUUGACUAAGCAGAGUAUCCAAUUGUCUUUUUCGCAAAACAAAGUUUCUUUGUGUGAGGUCCAUUUUGAGCAAUGGGAAGAAAGCUAAGCAUCGUUGUGCUCUUCUUUGUUCAAAUGCUGCUUCUUCUUGUGCAAAACCAUGCAGAGAUUGUUGUGUCCACGGUUGAAGCUCCAGCUCCACAACCUCACAAAAACACCACCCACUUUGCUCCACCUCCUCAGCCUAACAAAAACACCACACACUUUCCCAAUCGUGGAAUCACUGAAGGCAGUCUUAAACCACAAGAAUGUGGACCACGUUGCACAGCUAGAUGUUCAAAUACGCAAUACAAGAAACCGUGUCUGUUUUUCUGCCAGAAGUGCUGUGCCAAGUGCUUGUGUGUGCCUCCUGGAACUUAUGGCAACAAGCAGGUUUGCCCUUGCUACAACAACUGGAAGACCAAAAGAGGAGGACCCAAAUGCCCCUGAAGCUUCAAAUUUCAUCAAUUAACUGUGUUUCUGGUUUAGAGGCUUCACUACUUUCUUUAAAACAAAAAGGCUGUGUUUGAUAGAUUAGCUUAAACUGUUGUUUGGACAUUUUAGAAUGCAGAACAAAGUUUCAGUGUCUUGAUGCCUUUGUAGUUAGUUGCUGCCACAAUUUCAUGUAUUUAUGUAGCUACCACAUUACCUUAAUUUAAUAAUGUUUGUCUUUGUGUGCUU